UAUCACAUUAUUGUAAGAAAAAAGAAGUAAUACUACAAAGCUUACAGCUUUUUCCACGUUCAUGCUGUUUUUUGUAAUUCAGCAUUGCACCAAUAGAAUUCAAUCUUCAGCAAAGUUCUGUUCAUUUCCAGCUUUUGCUUUCCUGGAAAUGGAGAUUACAGGAUUUGUAUUUGUCAUUUUUCUCGUCUACCUCGUAUCCCGCAUUUACAAGCUAGUUCUGCAGAGGAGGAACCAAUGUUGUUACAUGCUAAGUUAUGAAUGUUAUAAGGCUCCCCAAGACAGGAAGUUAAACACGGAUUUGUGCGCUUCGAUGGUCUUGAGAAACAAAAAUCUGGGCUUGGAAGAGUACAGAUUUCUGUUGCAGACUAUUGUCAACUCAGGCAUUGGUGAGGAUACUUAUGCCCCUAAAAAUGUCAUAUUGGGCAGGGAGGCGGAUCCCCUUUUAGACGAUUCCAUAAUGGAAAUGGACGAUCUCAUGUUUGAUACGCUCGACAACCUUUUCGAGAAAUCAGGGAUUUCCCCUCAGGAAAUUGAUAUACUGGUGGUGAAUGUGUCACUGCUGUCAGCUGUUCCAUCCUUAACGGCGCGAGUUAUUAACCGUUACAAUAUGAGAUCCGAUGUUAAGGCAUUCAAUCUGUCUGGAAUGGGGUGUAGCGCGAGCCUUGUCGCCAUUGAUCUGGUCCAACAACUGUUUAAAGUUCAUAAGAAUUCUCUUGCCGUUGUUGUUAGCACUGAAGCUUUGGGUGCAAGUUGGUACCGCGGCAAAGAGAAGUCCAUGAUGUUGUCGAAUUGCUUGUUCCGGUCUGGUGGUUGCUCAAUGCUGUUCACGAAUAACAAUGCGCUUAAGCAUCGGGCGAUCCUGAAGCUAAAAUGCAUGGUCAGGACUCAUUAUGGAUCAAACGAUGAAGCAUAUGACUGCUGCAUCCAAAUGGAGGAUGAUCAAGGUUAUCGUGGUUUUCGCCUCACGAAGAAGCUAGUUAAAUCUGCAGCUCAGAGUUUCAUCAUAAACCUGAAAGUCCUGGGGCCUAAAAUGCUUCCAGUUUGGGAAUUAGUUCGCUACGCUGUGGUAUCCAUUCAGAACAGUAAACUGAAAGGUGCAUUGGCUCCAAAUCUGAAAGCUGGAACAGAACAUUUUUGCAUACAUCCUGGCGGAAAGGCCGUGAUUGAUGGCGUUGGAAAGAGCUUAAAUCUUUCGGAUCAUGAUCUUGAACCGGCUAAAAUGACGCUUCAUAGAUUUGGUAACACUUCUGCAGGUGGGCUCUGGUAUGUUUUAGGCUACAUGGAAGCUAAGAAGAGACUCAGAAAAGGUGACAGGAUACUGAUGAUCAGUUUUGGAGCUGGAUUCAAGUGUAACAAUUGUGUGUGGGAAGUCAUGAGGGAUUUGAAGGAUGCAAACGUCUGGGAAGACUGCAUCGACAAGUACCCUGUGAAUUCUGUGGCCAAUCCUUUUAUGGAGAAAUAUGGAUGGAUACAUGAUGAGCAUAUGAGCUUCAUUAGAAUGGAGGAUACAAGUUUUUUCACUUGAUUAGCUUCGAAAUUUGUCCUUUCCCUGGAUUGUGCUCUGUCUGUUUCCUAAAUGUUUUCGUUUCACUCUGCAUUUUCUAGAUCUAAUUGAUUUAAGCUGUUUUGACUAUGCCCUCACGAUGGCAAGCAGUAUGUUGAAUCUUCAUUAUAUGAAAUACAAUGGUGCAACAGUUUAGUGUUUGUUUCAACGAAAUGAAAGAAAUUCCCAAAGAGC